AUCAGUUGAGCUCUCCCAGUUAAACCACCACCACCAUGAAGACUGUCAUUGCCAUCCUCUCUGUGGCUGCUGUAGCCCUGGCUGCCCCUCAAGGGGGGUACAAUUACCAAGGUCCUGUCAUUCAGCCCCAGUAUUCAGCCCCAGCUCCCCAGUACAAUGACAUCCCAGCCCAAUACAACUUCCAGUGGGACGUCAACGAUCAGUAUUCCGGUAACUUCUACGGACACCAGGAACAGAGGGACGGAUCCAACACCCAAGGAAGUUACUACGUCCAACUCCCCGAUACCCGCCUCAUGAAAGUCGAUUACUACGUCGACGAUUUCGGAUUCCAUCCAACCGUCACCUACGAAGGGGAGGCUCAGUACCCAAGUGCCCCUGCCCAGACUUAUCAGCCCGCCCCUGCCCCAUCUCAGGUGUAUGCUCAGCCCGCUCCAGCUCCUACUCCAUCUCAACUCUACUCCCUGCCAGGGAAAUAGAGCACCUGGACUUGAACACUUUCUCAAAUGACGAAUGAAGUGGCAGUGACAGUUUUCCUAAAGUUUACCCUGAAUAAUGACUAAUGCCAUCCGUUUUCUUUGAUACCACUGUGGAAGAGCUCUCUCUUACUAUCUUUCAUUGUUAUCUUCUUAUCUUUCUUGCUAUAUAUUUCGUUAUCGUUUCAUACUAUCAGAUUUUCUUUAGUUAUUAUUACGAAUGUUGUGACUUGGUGCCGCCAUUGUCAUUAGCUUGUAAGGAAGAGUUAUUUUUAUACAGAGAUUAUAUAUCACGAAAGUAAUUAAAGAUGAUUUUCAUCAAGAAA